GUGUCCCUUACAGCCAUGGCCGCCGCCGCCGCUGCAGCUGGCCCUGGGGCGCCAGCGUCCCCGGACGAGUUGCUCCCGAAAGGCGACGCGGAGAAGACUGAGGAGGAGCUGGAGGAGGACGAUGACGAGGAGCCAGAUGAGACCCUGUCGGAGAGACUCUGGGGUCUGACGGAGAUGUUCCCGGAGAGAGUCCGGUCCGCGGCCGGAGCCACUUUUGACCUCUCCUUUUUUGUGGCUCACAAAAUGUACAGGUUCUCCAGGGCAGCCUUGUGGAUCGGGACCACCUCCUUUAUGAUUCUGGUUCUCCCUGUUGUCUUCGAGACGGAGAAGUUGCAGAUGGAGCAACAGCAGCAGCUCCAGCAGCGGCAGAUACUCCUAGGGCCCAACACAGGACUGUCAGGAGGACUGCCAGGGCCUCUACCUUCACUGCCUGGGAAGAUCUAGAACUUUAGCCUGUAUUGAGCUUAGUGAGAGAAGUUUGAAUUUGAAUUGUUAGAACUGCUGAUUUGGGGAUUUUUUUGUUGUGUUUUGGUCAAACUUUGGCACAUUGAUCUGUGUGGAACCAGUGGGAGAAUCCCUCUGCCCUACAGAUACACCUGUGCCCUCCACUCCGCCAGGACCGCUCUUCUGUCUGCACACCGACCCGAGUGCAGCAAUGCAGACGGUUACCCACCACCCACCCCUUGCUAAAUUGCUCCCAAGUUGUCCUGAACCACUACCCUCUCACUCUUCUGAGACCCUGGAGGAAUGUCCCCGAGUGUUGGUGACUUGGCUGUGUCAGAGUGGAGAGGUGGGGGAGGGACACAGAAUGUGCAACAGGCGCAGUGCAUUACAGUGGAUAGGCACAAACCCACUGUGCCCAUGUGUUGGGAGGAGCUGGUUCCUCUGCCUUUUGGCCGAUAACCCUGUAUUGUGUGUAUAAAAAAAAUGGCAGCAAUCACUUUUUGUAUUUAAAUAUUAAAAAUGAUUCCAACUGAA